AUGCCGCAGCUAGGCUGGGCUGAGGCUGGGCUGACUCAGCAGCUCCGCGUACCGACCAGUCAGCACAACAGCUGCCUGGGUCAGCAGCCGUGGUCAGUCGACAGUGGCGAGGAGCCGCCUCUGAAUGAGCAGAUCUCCCUCUCUGCAGCUGCCAUUGCGGAUCUCCCUUUCCCGCCUCCCAAAAUAUUCGCCAAUGCUAUGCUCGGCCCCCAUGACAUCACAACCCUAAUCCGCGACACAGAGCCUCACGAACGAGCCCUCUUCUCCAUUGACCCCUCUGCCAAUUCCCAACCCCGCGUCACCUCUGCUUCUUCAGCAAACUCCCAAAGAAGAGCUACCCGUACAGUCACCACUGCUGCGUCUGGGUCUUCAUUCCCGGAUCUAGUCCUCCCCUUUCCCCAUGAGGGAGGAGACUCCAUGGCCAGUCGCAUAUAUGCUGCAAAACACAACAAAAGCCAAUCCGCCGUAACCCAGGUCCUCGGUGGAGAUAUGGUAGAUGAGAUUAAGAAGUCGAGAGGUGAAGUUGAUGUCAAGAUGUUGCUAAGGGGAGCAGAGAUGUUGUGUAAUGUCUACCCUAUUCCCGGCGCCCAAGAACAAAUAUCCACUCUCCGCCACCGCCAUGAGCAUCUCUCCGCUUCCGUCGCGCAUCUGGAGUCGCGCAUUGCAGAGCAAGCCGCUCAGUUGCAGCGGAUGAACCGCUCGCAAGAUUAUUCCAGUGAUUACGACCCUGCAGAGCUGGAAACCAGCACCGAAGUUCUUAAUGCGGAAGUAUCUCCGCACGUCACGGAGGAAGACCUGCAUCGCGAGAUAUUCGAGAUUCAUGAAUUAGAAGCCCGGAAACAGAAGUUAGAAGAGCGGAUGACGGGAAUGGAGAGGGAUCUGGGCGAGUUGAUGAGAUGA